GAAAUGGGAGUAAUGACGCCAUCAAGCUUCGACUUAGUGCAGACAAGGUCCUCUAAACGUGCAAGUGGUCUGUUUGAGCUUGGUGUAGGCUGAUAUACUACUAGGGAGCGGGGUCUUGGGGCAGAGAGUAGGAGGGAAGUUGGCUUUUCUUUAGAGAUCGCCCUGUAGUGGUGGGUGUUUGGCUUUGCAGGUAGGGGGGUUCAGCCAUGGUGUGGUUCCCAGCACAGAGACUUAUCCAACCUGUAAGGGGCAUGUGCAGCUUUUCAGGCUGCAAGUUCUGUUUCUUCCGGAAAUUGUCCAUCCAGCCUGUUCAGCAGAGGAAGAUUCCAAACCGGUACUUAGGCCAACCUAGCCCUUUCACACACCCACAUCUUCUCAAACCAGGAGAAGUAACACCAGGGUUGUCGCAAGUGGAAUAUGCUCUUCGUAGGCACAAAUUGAUGUCUCAGAUACAUAAAGAGGUGCAAGGGAUGGAUCACACAGUGAUUCUGCUAUCCAAUCCCACUUACUACAUGAGCAAUGACAUUCCAUACACCUUCCACCAGGACACUAACUUCCUGUAUCUGUGCGGGUUCCAGGAGCCUGACAGCAUCUUAGUACUACAGACUGUGCCUGGCAAACCCUUGCCAUCUCACAAAGCUCUGCUGUUUGUCCCACGGCGCGAUCCAAGCAGAGAGCUAUGGGAUGGGCCACGAUCUGGCAUCGAUGGGGCAGUGGCUCUCACGGGUGUGGAUGAAGCAUAUGCCAUAGAGGAGUUUAGACAUCUGGUGGCUAAAUUGAAAGAUGAAUCUAGUAUGGUUUGGUAUGAUUUUGCUAAACCUGUGCAUCCACAGCUCCAUUCUGAUUACUUGCUGCACCUGGCAGAAGUUAAAGCUAGAAGCAAGAAUCAUAUCCGUGCCAUCCGGCACUUAGUGGAAAACCUUCGGCUGCUCAAAUCUGCUGCAGAGAUUGAGAGGAUGAAGAUUGCUGGCAAGGUGACAUCACAGCUAAAGAGAUUUGUCAAAGAACCAGCAAUUAAGAAACCCUGGGCAUUCAUAGAGACAAUGUUUGCAAGCAAAGGUCCAGUGGAUGAAGCAUUUCUGUAUGCUAAGUUUGAAUUUGAGUGCCGGGCUCGUGGUGCUGAUAUUUUGGCUUAUCCCCCUGUAGUUGCAGGUGGCAACAGAUCCAACACCUUGCAUUAUGUGAAAAACAACCAGCUCAUCAAGGAUGGAGAAAUGGUUUUACUGGAUGGGGGAUGCGAAUCCUCUUGUUAUGUAAGCGACAUCACCCGCACCUGGCCCAUCAAUGGCAGGUUUACCAGUCCCCAAGCAGAACUGUACCAGGCUGUACUGGAAGUGCAGACGUCCUGCUUGAGACUCUGUUCUCCAGGUGUGAGCCUGGAUAAUAUCUACAGUCUCAUGCUAACCCUCAUUGGACAGAAACUAAAAGAUUUGGGGAUCCUACAGAAAAGUACCACUGAGAACCACCUCUUCAAGGCUGUUCGGAAAUACUGUCCACAUCAUGUAGGACAUUAUCUGGGAAUGGAUGUUCAUGACACACCUGAUGUAUCCCGAUCAAUCCCCCUCCAGCCAGGCAUGGUGAUCACCAUUGAGCCAGGCAUCUACAUCCCUGAGGAUGAUGUGAGUGCACCUGAAAGAUUUCGUGGCAUUGGUAUACGCAUAGAAGAUGACAUUGUAGUGACAGAGAACACACCAUUAAUUCUGUCUGCAGACUGCCCAAAGGAGAUCUAUGACAUUGAGCAGGUCUGUGGCUGCAGCCCUUGACUACUCUUCACUGCCUUUGACACCUUGCUAAAGUAUAGAUCAGGAAAUAAUCUCUUCCAGACAUAAUAUAGUCCUGUAUAAAACAUUUUUAGGAUUGCUAGAGUGGGUAGAAUUACUGUUGGGAAAAUGUUACCUGCAAGAAAAUGUGUGUUAGCGUUCUUGGACAGCACAAACUGUGUAUUGAAAUGGGUAAAAUGUGCUUCAAUAUUUUGACAAGUGUUCUACUGUGAUGCAGACGUCAAAGAAAUCAGGCACAGAAGCUAGAUUCCACACCUCACUAUCUGGACUAUUUUUGCUCUUGUGCACAUUUUGUAAUAAUCUUGUUUGUUAGUUGCAGUGGUAUAUUGAAUUGUGGCACAGUUGUUCCUUACAGUCUCUCAGAUUGGGUUUGGGGGGCUGGUCUGAAUUUUAGCUUUCCAUGAGAUUGCCUUUUAUUUUAGUGUUUCCCCCUUGCAAAAAGUGAUCUUUUCAAGAUGUCCCAGCUGAUGAAUCAAGACACAAAACCUUAAUAUGUAAGGCUUUUUUUAAAGGCAAAAAGACCUUAAGUGUUAGGAAAUAUUUUGAUGUCAAAUUCAGUCUGUUAUGUUUCUGAAUAGCAACUAACAGUCAAAUCCUAUGAGAAUGAGAUAUGCCUAAGACUAUAGUGGGCUUAAGCACAUCUCACUUUAAGGUCAGUAAGUUACUGGCAGGAAAAUGUUUUAAGUUUAACACCCACACCAUCUGAUACCACUUUAACGGGCAUGCAUUCCCCCAAAGAAUCCUGAGAACUGUAGUUUGUUAAGGAUACUGGGAAUUGUAGGUCUGUGAGGGAUCGCCUAAGAACUCUCAGCACCGUUAACAAACUACAAUUCCCAGAUUUCUUUGGGAGAAGCCAUGACAUAAAGUGGUAUAAGAGUGCUUUAAAUAGAUGGUGUCCAUGUGGUAAGCUAGUCUGAUGGAUGUGCAUGUGGUCUCACUUAGGAUACUUGCUGCAGGAUUUGGGUUACUUUUUCUUCCUCACAUUUUCUUCCUUAUUUCCUUGACUCUUUGAAGAUCCACUGAGCAUAAGGAAAGGACAUUUUAAGGCUGCUUUUAAGUUUUUGAUUUUGUAUUUAGAUGUAGAUACCUAAGUACAAAAUAUAUACAUUUUGUAUUCAGUGUCUUGGAUCCUAACCUUCCUGCCCUGAGUGAGAGUUCAUGUUUACAGAAUGAGAUUUUCUGCCUCCUUCCUUCUGCAGCCCACUGCACCCUCCAAGACUCUUCUCUCUGCUCUGCUCCAUUCUCAACCUUUGAGAAUGAUACACGAUUCAUUGUUGAGAGCUGCAAUGGGAGUGGGGAGUUGGUAGAAAUCUUGUUCUCACCCCUGAAUAGAGGAGCAAUUUCAGAACCCAAGCCAUGUGUUACGUUUCCCUGGCCAAAUACACAGAGAUGGUGACCAGUAAAAAAAAUCAGUCCUCCACUUCCAUGUUUUUUUCCCUAAGACAAGCAGCAAUUUAAAUGUAACUGAAUCAUUCUGAACUGAUGCAAGAUAUCGAUAUUUUUGAUACUCAUACCUAAUGUCAGAAGAGAUGAGAUGUAAACUUUAGACAAAUGUGAACUUUUUAUUUACUUUUCAGGUUGAGACUUUCCUGUAACAACAAAAUUUAUUUUUGCUUUGAUCCAUUGAUAACACAAUAAGGGAAUCGACUACUUUUCUGCAAGUAGAAGGUCAAGAUUGUAAACAAAAACUAAUGUGAAUGAAUGUUAAUGUGGAUUAAUGCUUGGUAUUGUUUUAGUAAGAUCAAGAUAAAUCUUUUGCAUUGGAAUUUAAAGGAGAAAAUGUUACAGAACUGUCCAGCAACAAGACUUUAUCUGUGAAGCACUUUUUGGAUCUCUGAAUGAGAGAUAUUAUAUUUGUACAGUGUAUUAUUAUAUAUAUAUUAUUUAUAUAUAAUAUACAAAAUAUUUUAUUCUGCUAAGAACCAAGAAUUGUGUCAGUAAAGAUGAUUUUUUUUAAAAAAAAAAUAGCUUUACAUAUCUGCUUAUAUGACUGCCAGUGAAGUCUUUCCCCAUUUGUGCCCAUCUUCUUAUGACAGCACCACUGAAAUUGAGACUUUCUAGCUUUCUACCAAUAGCAGCCACUGAAGGAUUCCUUCAGAGUCUUAAAUGAGUAUGUACAGUUAUGUAUUAUUUUUAAAAGGACAACAGCAGUUAUAUUAAGCAUUAGGUUUUGUAAAAGAAAGGUCUUGGGAGAUACAGUUUUAUGCUACUGCUCUGUGAGGCUUCAGCACAGAAGACACUCCCAAGGAGAAUCUUACACAUCUGUUUCAACUUGAUGUUGUCUAGGCUGAUCCCUUUCUUAGGUAAAGGCAGUUCAUGUUCCUUUUGCCAUGAUGCCUUGUUGAACACCCACCUGCUGACACAUGUACAUUUGACUUGUUUCUGUUCAUCAGGGGUGGGGAGCAAGUAGCAGUGGGAGAAGGUGAGCGUCACCCUCCUUUCAAAACCAGCUCCACUGGUAGCAUAAAGAAGUUGUAAAGAGCGUUGCUUGGCUGUAUCUUUUCUUGGCCCUUAUGGCAUAAGCCAGUUGGAGGAGUUGGAAGUAUGUGUCUACCAGAAGAUCUGCACUUUGGUGGGGGGAGGGGAAUCUUGGAGCUAAUACAGUAAUGGCCUUUUAAAGAAAGGCAUAGCUCUUGAGCAUCAAGCAGCUGGGCAAAACUUGAGGAUUUCACCUAGUAGGGAUAAAAUCAUUUCCGCAAGGUUUAGAUCAUUUCAUUGUAUCCCAAGUAGGCAUAAAGUCAUUUCCACAAGGAAGGAAAAGAUAUCGAAGAACUGCAUUUUUCCUGUCUUGUUCCCUUCGCCCAAAAUAGUUGUUGCAAGGCCUAACAUACAGUUGUCUAUUGAUAUGCUAACUAGAAAGCUAAACUGGACUAUUUAAUUGUAUUAUCUGCCAUUUUUUACAGAACUUUGGUUAAAAACGUGAAGAGGUAUUUUCUAUAUGUUGAAGGAAGUAUUUUUUAGAAAAGAAAUUCUUUAAAGAAGUUGAGCCCUCUGGCUGUUUUCAGUGCCAAUUUCUGUAUGUCUGUUAUUCACAUUGUUUUAAAAGCAGUCAAAGACAGUAUAUUGCUCUAUUGGUAUUCUAUUUUGUAUGUAACACUUGUAGAAUGAAUACAGCUUCCAUGUGACUAAAACAGUUACUUUUUUCUCAAAUACUAGCUCCUCGUCCUUAUAAAGGUAAAGGUGUCCCCGCACUUGUAGUGCGAGUCAUUUCCAACUCUUAGGGUGAUGUCUUGCGACGUUUACUAGGCAGACCAUAUAUAUGGGGUGGGAUUGCC